GUUGCUCUAAGAAAUAUAUGCUGAGAUUACAUAAUUUGAAAAAUUACAAUUAAUGGCUAGUUGUGACCCCCCUCUCCAUUUGUUUAUUUUUCUUAAUCCAGAAGUGGCGUGUAUCUACAACCAUUGUUCGGAUAAUCUCUGCAGUUCUCUUCUUUGUUAUUGGCUGCCUCCUCUUUGUUCUCAUCCCCACCAUUAUCUUCCAGAAGAUUGAAAACUGGACCCUUCUGGAGUCCAUUUACUUUGUGGUCAUCACAUUAACUACCAUUGGCUUUGGAGACUAUGUGGCAGGGGAUGGAGUAGGUGUUGAGUACCAGUGGUACAAGCCACUGGUUUGGUUUUGGAUAUUACUUGGCCUUGCUUACUUUGCCUCCAUCUUGACAAUGAUCGGGAACUGGCUUAGAGUUCUGUCCAGGAAGACACGAGCUGAGAUGGGAGGCUUGACUGCCCAAGCUGCUAACUGGACAUCAAGUAUUACUGCAGACAUAAAGCUUCCGCACCGAGGUCUGAGUCUCAACUUUCAGGAGAGGUUGCACCGCCAAAGAGAGGACAUGCACGGACCUGGGGAAGAACAUGAAGAGGAAGAUGAAAGAGAACAGCAGGAUAAGAGGAAUGACAAGCAAAGGGAACCCUCGCCAAACCUACUUGGUUCUUCCCCCAUCAAAACUCAGACCCCAAUUGUGACUCCUGCUUUAACCACAGAGGAUGUUGUGACACAGGCUUUGGAAUGGGGUGAAAAUAUGGCAUUUAUAGAUGAGUCAUCUGAUACACAGAGUGACAUGGGGGUAGGUGAAGCACAGGUUCGAAAACUACCUAAAGGAAAGAGGAAAGGGAGGGGAGCAAGAAGUGUGGUUAAAAGAGAUACCCACCCUGGAUCUCGGAAUCGAGAUAAGGGAGAAAGUGGAUAAAAGAGUAUUGGGAUUGACUGACAUCCCCAUCUCCCAAAGUGCCACCCAACAUACGCUGUUACACUAUGACUGAAGGCUAUACAGCUCAAAAAUAAACAAAUGUGAAAGUUUA